AUGGCGAUGGAUCUCACUACCAGCGAAGCCGAGGAGGUGCUGAGUUUGAACCGAUCGGAUGCCAACAUUCAUGAGCAUGCAAGGAGCGCUCAAAGCUCGGAGGAAUUCAUCUCCUCCGGGCAGGGCUCAAUCCACCUCGUUAGAGUGCAGCCUCCGAUGGCACGCACCAACACUCACCCUGCAGGCGUAACGAUCCUCCCAACUCUCCAUCCACCCCCGAUCGAAGGUGUGACUCCUCCCGUCGCCAACGUCAAUUGGCAGUGCAGCUCCCAUAAUAAUCAAACAUUCCUCAACUCCAAAAGCUCGAAGAUCUCCGCUGACGAAGCCGUAUCCCUGGAAGGAUUGAUACGAAGCUGUCUGGCAUUUCAACCGGACGACCGAAUCUUGAUCUUGGAGAUCCGUGGAUUCAAUAUCAAAGACGAAACAAUUUGUCAUUGA